AUGACCAUAAAGAAGCCACCUGCUAUUGUGACGCUUAAUAUUGAUGGAGGAUUUGUAGAAAAUCAGAGUAUUUCGGAGGAGCGCCAGGCCAUUGAAGAGGCCAUCGAGGAGAACGAGGAAGAGCGCAUUCCUCACGAAUCUUUCUAUUCAGGCAUAUUAGGGGAGACUUUUCUUCCUGAAAAAUUCACUUCCAACAAUAACGCACGAUUUAUUUCAGCAGCGUCACCAGCGAAGAUGAGUGUCACACCAAAUCGUUAUUUGCGUGGAUGCAUUGACGUAUUUCUCUUCAUCCUGUGUUUGGCGCUUGUAAUCUUACAAUUUGGCCUUCUAGACUUUUAUUACUUAACUGUCCUGAAGGAUAAUAUCUGGUAUACCUGGAUAGGAGCCGAUUCACUCGUCAUUGUUAUCCUCAUAUGGCUCCUUGUUAUAGUGGUACGAAACAAUCAACAACAUAUGGAAGAUGCUUGCUCUGCAGAUGCUAAAGUCAAAUACACAUGGAUCGGAUGGUUUUUGUAUUCAAUUGUUCUGGCUGGAAAAGUAGCUGUUUGCUUCCGUCUUUUCCAUACUCAGUUGCCACCAACGAAAACUGACUCACAUGACAAAAUUCUGGACGACCAUCUGUUCCGUUUGGGUUUAUCACUUAGUGCACCCAUUUUCAUACUUUUGCUUGAGUCGCAUCAUUACACAACAGUUAGCAGUAACCGACAGUUAUAUCUGAUUUACCUUAUGACUACUAUAACUUUUGACUUGAUUGAUACCAUUUGCUUCCUCGAUUUGCUCUGGCAAUCUUUCAAAAACAACUGGGAUCUGCCGUUCUGGCUUGACAUAACUAUUCUCCUACUCUCAUGCGUCAACUUGAUUUUGCCAGCUUUCACGUUGAUACGCUUACGUUUCGGACGCCGUCUUCCACGCUUUGCACUUGUGAGUGAAAAAAUCUGGUCCCUCAUCUACGUCUUAAUGGUAAAUGCACCGUAUCUUGGAAUACGCAUCUACCUUUACGUGCUAUUGGAAAUAACAACACAUGGCAAACACUACGAUGCAAGUAUUCUGAUGAUAAAGAACGUUGCAAUGAUUUACUUAGCAGUCAGGGAUGUAUGGACUCGUUUGCAGUACUGGCGACAUAAGAAAAAUAUUAGUGGUUCUCGAGGGGAGCUUACUGCCCCUGGGGCAACUAAUGAUGAUGAUAACUGA